AUCAACAUGCUGCUGAGCUUUAAGGACGAGAAGGUGGACUGUCCCUGUCCAGAACACAUCAGAGAACAGCUUGUAGACUUCCAUGAGGACCUGAUGACACACUGUGGCAUAGAGAUCGACGAGGACAAGCUGAACGAGGCAGACAGUGACUUCACCAUCCGAGGAAGACUCAUGUCUCUGGUGGAGAAGGUGGUCUACCUGAAGAAAAAGAUGACUUUCAUGCCGAAGAACAAGAAGAAAGAUAAGAAACCCAGCACGUUGCAGCAGCUGAUCAGUGAGACCAUGGUACGCUGGGCCCAGGAGAGCAUCAUGGAGGACCCAGAGCUGAUCAGAGCCAUGUUUGUCCUACUCCACCGUCAGUACGAAGGCAUCGGGGGCCAGGUCCGGGCCCUGCCCAAGGCCUACACCAUCAACUCAGUCUCCGUAGAGGACACCAUCAAACUGCUGGCGUCGCUGGGACAGAUCAGAUCGCUGUUGUCUGUACGCAUGGGGCGUGAGGAGGAGAAACUGAUGAUCAGAGGGCUGGGGUAA